AUGUAUGAGGAAAAUGUUGAUGGUCGAGAUAGAGUUGUGGCUUCACCGGCAAAGAUGGAGUUUCCUGCAUAUGAUGGUACCACGAAUGCAGUGAAAUUGUUGCAAAAGUGUGAUGACUAUUUCACUGAUCAACGGAUAUUCAAGGAUGAUGCCAGAGCCCGGCAGGCCACAUUUUUGUUGACUGGACAAGCUUAUCACUGGAACAAUAAUCUUCGUCUUCUGAUGGCACCAGUUAUGAGAUUGCAGUCGGCUCAUAUCACAUUCCCAGGAUGA